AUGUCGCAGCUCGCGGUGCCGUCGGCUGAUCAUGCUCUGGUCGCCGAGCUUCUAUCUAACUCCGUCGCGGUGGACGCCCGCGUACGGGAGGAGGCUUAUGCGCGCAUUGUAGAACUCGAAUCACGACCGACCUUCCUUGCCACCCUCAUUGAUGUGGCGUACCUUGGUGACGCACAGAUAUCGAAACUUGCGUUCAUAUGCGCUAAAAAUGCGCUGGCAAGGCUGCGCGGCUUCGCCGCCAUUCGGGCGGCCAGCGGUAUUGACGUUGAUUCAAUGGAUCCCGCCUUAAAUAUCCUCAUGGCAAAGCUUCUCUCAGUUUUUGAGGCGCAUUUGAAAGAUGAAACAAAGGUUAUUGGGAAGGAUUUUGCAUUGUUGGUACGCAAGGUAUGUAGGAAGUAUUACCCGCAGAAUUGGAUGCCCAUGCAUGACCUCUUGGUCAGGGGUGUGGAGGCGGCACUCUCUGAUCCAGUCACCUCGACUCGUACCUUCAAUUGUGUCUUCCUGCUGUAUCAUAUAUUCAAGGAAAAGUCUACACUGCGCCUUAUGAGAGACCGGAACGAUGUAGCUCAAUUAGCUGAGGUGUUGUAUCCUUUAGUUUCCAGACUCUGGGUCAAGCACUGGUUGGAGAGGUGGUCGUCGGGUUCACUUGAUGCGCUUAAGUUUGCUUCGAACGUUUCAAACGCUGAUAUGGAACUUAGUCGCUACCUAGACAGCCUGGUCAUCGCACUUUACACCCGUGGGUUGAGGAAUGUCUACCAGAGGACCGAAUUGCUGGAGCUGCUCAAGCUAAUAUUUGUAAAAAUGAAGUUGCACAUGUUCCUGCUGCAAAGCGAUAUCAGUUCCAAAGAAAAACUUCAGAAGAAUUCACGUCGGCUGUUGCGUGGUGUGACGGAGAUGCUGGACAAGGAGCCUAUGGUUUUCGCUUUCGUUGACCCAUCCGUUGCGCUUAACCCAAUAUUUGAUUACCUUGCGGUGGGAACCAUAGUGCCAGUCAUAUCACAAUGUAUGGAAGUGUUGUGCGCUGCAUUCAAGUCGCCUAUCGUGAACAACGAUCGGUACAUGAAUCAGUUUUACGCUGUGCACGGUGAAAGCGACGGGCUACGGGCAUCACGUAAACCCAGGGAGGCGCAGUUCGUCGUGUGCGCCACAUUCGACGAGAUGAAAUCACAAUGCGAAAUGGCGGCAUCGUGCACAAGGGGGAGUUCUGUAACAAGCUCUUUUAAAAAGACUCUCAGCCCAAUCAAAGGAUCCUACAAUGCUAUUGGGACUAUUGCCGAACACAUGUCUCGUCAGGCCACUUUCUUUUUUUGGGAGUGCAUUUACCAGCGUGGAGGUCUGUUGCAGUUGCUGGACUUUUUGAGGGAUAAAUAUUUGACAUUGGAUGCCGAAGCUAUUGCAGAAUGGAGCGAGGAGAUCGUGCCCUUGGAUUCACCUCCACAAAGUCUGGCGCAGCCCGUAAUAGAGGCAAUGAAGGUGACUGGUCUACCUAUUCUGAACUGGAUAGCAGAAUCCAUCGUAGGCAUUGAUUGCAGAAGCAACUUUUCCAAGCUAGACUCCUACCUGAUUCUAUACAGUAUAGCCUACCCCAGUCUCGCCAAUUAUCACACGAGCAAACACUAUUUGACGAUCUUGGGGGCUUUCAAAAAGGCUUUAUCUGAGUUUGAUUCGACUAUGGCGAAGCUGCUCAUAUACAGGUGUAGCGGCAUAGUGAAUGCAUGGGCUGAGCGGAUAAACCUUUUUGAGGAGCAAACCAAAAGCGAGCUUAUGCACUACCUGGUUUCCUGUUUGUGCUUUGAGGGUGACUCUGUCGCCGCAGUUAAUUUACGUGCGCAACAUGUGGUGCCCUUCCACUGCCUUUACAGCAAGACAAUUGACGAGCCAUUUUGGGACUUCCUGCGACAAGACAGCGAUGUCCAGAGGAUCAUGGCAAGCCUUGUUCAUAUUGCCAAGAUAAACGCUCCCGUCAUUCAGCACCGAUCGAUAGACUUGUUGUGCAAGAUGUGCCUCGAAUAUGAUACUGAGGUGAACAAUUUCGGUCAUCAACUGUCUGAUGUGUUGGCGGUGUUGUCCGAUGGACCCGGUGACCUGCAACUUUCUGCGUCUCUCCUGCAAACUUCUCUCGGUUUUCUAAACUCCAUACAUUGGCGGCGCUAUUACGUAGAAGAGUCUUACAUUAAUGGUCAUCUUCUUCGGUUUCUUUUCCAUUUGCUGUUCCGCACGGUGGUAGUGGGUUCAGGCACAAACGACCAAGCAACGCAGUCCUGCCAACGCCUACUACAACUGUGCAAAUAUGCCGAGCUGGAGGAAGACGUAUUGAUGCUGUGGAUAUGCUUGCUGCGUGUAUUACCCCGAAAGGUCGACACAGCGGACCAUGAGCUGCUUAAUAAUGCUCUGAGCUUGUUUCCGCUCCUUAUAGCCUACCUCACCGACCGUCAUCACGGAGAACAACCUGGCGAAAUGCGAGUUUCCGUUGCAUCACCUAUGGCUGUUGAUGUAGUUACCGAAUAUCUCGCGGUGGUGUUAGACCUAAGCAAGUCUCGUCUGUCGAGUGCAGGUUCGGCGACGGGAAUGGUUGAUCCAUCCGGAGGUAUAUACGAGAGGUCGGGCGAAGUAUGGUUUCAGUUAACAGGCAGUACAAGCUGUUCCGUCGCAUUUAGUGUGUCUCAGCUGCAGAGUCUGUGCGUUGAGGCUCUAAAACGACCUGAUGGUGACCCUCUGAGUCAGUGCGGGUUACGAUUGCUCAGCAUGCUGACGUGUGGGUUCGGGAGAUUUUGUGUGUCGUCUGCCAAUCUGCUGAUGCACAUGCACGAUGUACUUUUGAAUUUUUUCGUUACACUCAAUGAAGCUGCAAUUUUGCCGGAAAAUGCGCCACAGGAGUAUCAGCGUUUGGGGGCGGUGUGUCUCAAAAACGGUUCUGGCAUGGAUUCAACAUGUAAAUGGCAAGUAGCAACGGUAUCAAGCGAUGUGCUAAACAAUGUGUCAUCCGUUAUCCCCAUAAUAUGCCGCUGGGGAUUUGAUGCGCCAGCCUCGUUCAGCGAAGCUCUCAUACGGGUCUUGGGGAGUGGCCGGUUUUCUAACAUGGAUGCCAUUCUCUUGUCACUUCUACAGGUUUCCAAGAAAUUGGUAAACAACGCUUAUUUGAGGCUGGGGGCACUCAUAUGCUGCUGUUUAAUUGUGAGCACGGUCGCCAGCCAUUACUCCGGCCUAAACCUUUUCGUGCUGCACGGAGAAGGGCAUGGCCACGACGGCAAUCCUGAAACCGAGAAAGAGGGAUUUUCUAACAAUCCGCACCCUGACCUACAAGGCGUCUACCUUCCGUGCUAUUUGCUUCGCUUGGUGCAUCCGAUAGCUCCACUGUAUUUAGAGGCCAAAAGAGCCUUUUGCUUCUCCACAACGAAGGCGUCGCUCAUGGAGGGGGGCCCAACUUAUGUGUUGCCGCCUUCCAAACGUCUCCAUAUUUUUACCAAUGCAUCCUCAACCUACCAGUCUACAAACUUCCCGAUUAUUGAUUUGUCACCUCAGGAGCUCUUUUUAGGUGCCCUGAAGUCCACCGUAAGCUGCAUUGUAAGCCUGUCGCAAACGUUGGGUGAUAGGGGCGUGCAGAGAAGCGCGGAACUUAUGUUCGCCGACGGCGCUCGCCUACACGCAAAGCUGCGCGAGGUACUAGAAGGCUGUACCAGUGGCGCAAAUUGA